AUGUUUGUGGAAGGCAGUGAGACUGGGAAAGCAGAUGUAUACUCAAUUUGUGGGGCAGCACACUCUGCCGUCCGGACUCUUGCGAGAUCUCAGGAGCUGUUGGUUGCAGAAGGCACGCUGGCCUUCACCAUCUUCCUGUACUUCUUCACUGCAGUGUCUGCGCUGGCCUACGCAGUUUGUCAGCGACGUCGUCGGGUGGAGCUCGACACGCGCGAGGCCACAAUGAAGGACUUCUCACUGAUUCUCACAGGCUUUCCGGCCGAGGAGGGAAACGAGGUUGAGAAGAACCGGGCCAACUUUGUUCGCAGGGCCACCGG